GACACCGGACACCGCGCGGUCACUGACGGGAGAAUCGCUUUCUCGCCCCCAAAAGGCUAUGAAUACAGACGGAGCUCUGAGCCGGGCUCGGCCACGGCUGCUGGAGGCUGCCCACCUCCUCACCCCCAGCCGUCUUUUGCUCCCGAGCCAUGUGUCUGAUUGUCGGAGUCACUGGCUUCAGGCGGGAUGUACCACGUCUCCAGAAUCAGUAGCUCGGUCCAGCCAACUAACCCAGAAUGUUUGGAAUAAUAUCCUCUUCCCCAAAGCCCCCACACCCAACACAGCCCCCAACAGCAUUCCUCUGCAGCUGUCCUUCCAGCUCUCACCUCUCAGUGCAACUCCAAGAACACCAACGCUCCCCCCAGCGCAGCUCAGCCUAAAGCCAGAGAGAGCCAACGGGCAAGAAAGCGAAGAGAGGAGAGAACAGAUUAACCCACCCUCUGGGGUAGGGCUGGAGUCUAAAGGGACUAUUUUUAAGGCUUUAUUGGAUGACUCCAAUGGAUUUCCCGAGUACUGCCUCUCGGAGGAGGGAUAUGAAGAUAUGGAGGUGCCGGUAUAUCCCGAGGGAUUCAGCGAAAGUCCCAAACAAGCCAUGGAGCAGAGCGAGGAGCUGAGAGAACGCAAGAGAGAUCUCAUCAGCGCUGUGUGUUGCUCUCUGAUUGAUGGGCCAGACUUCUCCCGAACUGAAGAUCCCUCACGUCUCAGACUCCAAGGGAUUUGCCAAGACAUCGCAGGACACGAUCCUGAGUUCAUUCUGAAGGUCGCUCUCUACACCCGACAGGAGCUAAAUGUGCGGAGUACAGCUAACUUCCUGCUGGCUCUGGGAGCUUGGCUUCCUCAGUGUCGUCCUCAUGUCCGACGAUAUUUCUCUCGCUCGGUCCGACUCCCUUCAGACUGGCUACAGGUGGCAAAGCUUUACCAGAGUCUGUGUCAGAUGGAAACCAGACGCUUGGCUCCGUUUCCCAACUGCCUUCGCCGUUCUCUCGCAGACAAGUUUAAAGAGUUUGACGAAUACCAAUUAGCCAAAUAUAACAGCCGGAGUCAGCGUAGCAAACGUGUACCAGUGAGAGCGAGACAGCGUCGCUCUGCCCCGAGUCCGGCUGAUCUCACUCUGUGGAGUCGACUGCUGAAUAGAAAGAAGUCACUGGUACAGAAACUG